GAUGUAAACGUCACGUUAAGGCGGGAUUAUGUUUUGCAUGCUUUUUACACACUUUUUAUUUCCUUAACCUACUUUCCUGUCAUUUUUUUGUUGGUAAUUGUCAAGUACGUAGCUUUGAUAUAUACAGCUCAUAUUUAUCUUACUCUGUCAGAAAAGGAAAAGCGAUUGAAGAUGGGCUAUAUGGUUGUGGAGAAACACACAUUUGACAUGCUUCAUCUGAAGAGGUCUCCUGGGAUUAGAUCUUGGUCUCUUCUUGUCGGAAUUGCUUCAGUUGGACUUGCAGCAGCCUAUUACAGCUCUGAUAGCAUAUUAUGGAAGAUGUUCUAUGUGACCGGCUGUUUGUUUGUAGCUCUACAAAACAUGGAGGAAUGGGAGGAGGCAGUAUUUGACAAAUCUAAGGGUGAAAUAGCAUUAAAGUCUUUUAGUCUCUAUACCAUGAUAUUGACUUUCUGGAAAAGAGGUCAUGAGACAGUGUUGUUAGAUCUGCGACACUUGCGUGACGUGAGCGUUCAGGAGGAGAAGGUGAGAUAUCUGGGGAAGGGUUACCUGUUGGUCCUGCGUCUGGCGACUGGAUUCUCUCAUCCGCUUACACAGAGCGCCACGCUGGGAUCACGCUGUGAUGUAGAAGCAGUUGGUGCUCUUCUGAAGCGCUUCUUGGGUCUCGAGGAGUUAAACAAGCAACUGGCCCAAGACGACUAUCCAAAUGAAGACGAGGAUGACAUUGAAGAUUUGGGGUUGGGUGACAGCAGUGAUUCACAAGAUGAAGCUGAUUUUUAAAACCUCAGAGAGGUCUCGCUUUUGGAAAUGGUUGUCAACACUGUAUCAAGCCUUAAUCGACCAAAUACUCAUCAAGCCUUAAUCGACCAAAUACUCAUCAAGCCUUAAUCGACCAAAUACUCAUCAAACCUUAGAAAUAGAUGAUUGUUGCAUAGUAUUUUCAGAUGCAUUUCAAAGAGGCAUUACCAGAUUAUGUUUAAUACUUUUAAUAGUUCAGUCUGUGCAUGAGUUAUCUUUGAAAUAACUGCAUGAUGAAUUCACCUUUCAUUGGUGAAAGAACAGGUGCCACUAAUCCACUAAAUGCAUGUUUAGUCAGAUGACACUGUUCCUUUAUUUACUGCAUAAGCAUUACAAGCUGUUAUUUGUCAUGUUCAUAGCUUUUCUCAUCAUUUUUUCAUUUUGUAAAUAUUUGAACAUCAUGUUUGAGACUAAUGCCAGAUAAGAAAGUUUGGCAUAUGCUCAAAAACUACUUGUCUUCAAAGGAGAUGCUUUUUUAAAACUAGACCUUUUUGCUGUAUUAGAUUAAUAUGAGCUUAAAGGGAUGUCAUUUUCUCAUCCUCAUGUUGUUCUAUACCUGUAUGAAUUUCAAAAUAUUGAACAAAAAAUAUAUUUGAUAUAUAAUAAACACCGCUGAUUAUAAAUACUGACUUCCAUAGUAGGAAAGCAAAUAUUACGGAAGUAUUGUGAUAUUUGUUUUUCCUACUAUGGAAGUCAAUGGUUACAAUCAGUGCUUAUCACUUAUUAAAAUAUCUACUUGUGUUCACCAGAAAAAUUAAUCCAUACAGUUUUAAUUAACAUGAAGAAGAGAAAAUGAGGAUUUUCAUUUUUGGGUGAACUAUCCCUUUAACUGUACCAUUUUAGUUUUUCAAUGUUUGUUUUUAAUAAAAGAAUUUGACAGCA